AUGCUGCACCACGCCGCUUUCUUACUGCACUGCCUCCCACUGGUUAUGGGACAGUAUGACAUCUGCAAAUCCUGGGUGACCACUGACGAUGGCCCAAUGUGGGAAUUUUAUGCCUGCCAGCCAAAAUCUGUACCCAUGAAGGACUAUGCCACUGUGAGGGUAGACCCAUCAGGCAUCACUUGCGGGAAUCCUCCAGAGAGGUUUUGUACUCACGAAAAUCCGUACCUGUGCAGUGAUGAAUGUGACGCCUCCAACCCUGACCUGGCCCAUCCACCCAAGCUGAUGUUUGAUAAGGAAGACGAGGGCCUGGCCACAUACUGGCAGAGCGUGACGUGGAGUCGCUACCCAGAGCCUUUGCGGGCCAACAUCACACUUUCUUGGAACAAGAGCAUUGAGCUGACAGACGACAUUGUGGUGACUUUUGAGUAUGGGCGCCCCACCAUGAUGCUGCUGGAGAAGUCCUUGGACAAUGGAAGGACUUGGCACCCUUAUCAGUACUAUGCAGAUGAUUGCAAUGAAGCCUUCGGCAUGCAGGCCCGAAAUGUCCGGGAUCUCUCCGCUACCAGCGCCAACAGGAUCAUUUGCACGGAGGACUACUCCCGCUGGGCAGGGUCCAAGAAAGAGAAGAACGUGCGCUUCGAGGUGAGGGACCGCUUCGCCAUUUUUGCUGGGCCGGAGCUCAGGAACAUGGACAAUCUUUACACGCGGCUGGAGAGCGCCAAGGGCUUGAAGGACUUCUUCACUGCGACUGACUUGCGGAUGAGGCUUCUGAGACCAGCGCUUGGGGGCACCUUCGUGCAACGGGAGAACUUAUAUAAAUACUUCUAUGCUGUGUCCAAUAUUGAAGUCACGGGCAGGUGCAAGUGCAACCUCCAUGCCAACUUGUGCACCUUCAAAGAAGGGAGCCUCCAGUGCGAGUGUGAACACAACACAACUGGGCAGGACUGUGGCAGGUGCAAGAAGAACUUCCGUAGCAAGUCAUGGCGGGCGGGAUCCUACCUCCCUCGCCCCAGCGGCUCUCCUAAUGUGUGUGCAGCUCCAAACUUCGGCACCUCUCCCAAGGUCUCCAAACUCAUCCGACUCAAACCUGGCUCUGUUCCACUGGGACCCAUUGAAACAUUUAAAGAUUGCGAAUGUUACGGUCACUCCAAUAGGUGCAGCUUCAUCGACUUCCUCAACCUGGUGACCUGCAUCAGCUGCAAGCACAACACCCGAGGGCAGCACUGCCAGCACUGCCGGCUUGGCUACUACCGGAAUAGCUCCGCAGAGCUGGAUGACGAGAACGUGUGCAUAGAUUGCAAUUGCAACCGGAUAGGCUCUCUGGCCAACCGCUGCAACGAGACCGGCUACUGUGACUGCAAAGGCGGUGGCAUCACUGGGCCGAAAUGUGACGACUGCCUCCCUGGCUACUACUGGAGACAGGGCUGCUUCCCGAACGUCUGCGAUGAGGAGCUGCUGCUUUGCCAGAACGGAGGCACCUGCUACGCGAACCAACGGUGCAUCUGUCCGCCUGGCUUCAAGGGAGUCCUCUGCGAGCAAGCCAAGUGCGAGGGGGAGAACGCAGAGUGCGACUCGGCCGCCGGCUUGUCCCCCAGCCCCUCGGCCCUCCUCCUCGGCGCCCUGGGUCUGCAGCUGCAACGCCGGUGGAACCUGUAA